AAGAGAGUUUGAGCGGAGAGAAAAAUCUAUCCGAGACUAGAACAGAGCAGGAGGACAGUGAGAGCAGAGAAAUAUAUAUGAGUGGGAGAGAGAGGAGAAGAAGGAGGAGGAGGAGAAGGAGGGGGGAGCAAAUUAAAAGUUGCCAAAUGGAGAUAUUGGGUUUCAAGAAGGAGUGAGACAGGAGUAAAAGGGUUUGCCUUCUUUGAGUCUGUUGUGCUUUAAUCGGGAUAAAUAUGUAUGGCGGCGACGGUUUAUAGUCCUCUGGCAUUUUCUCGAUGAAAUCCACCAAAACACCGAUGCGGCGGCGGCUAGCUAACCAGAACAGGCCGGGGUUUACGGUUAAAACAAAAUGUCGCGGAGGACCGGAGGAGAAGCGACCCAACUGCUGCGACAGAACCCCCCGAUUGAAACGCGUCGGUUCGGUUAUAUGGAGACAAAAUGUGACGUUUGUUCAUGCUGGCAGAUGAGCCACAUAUAGAGGACAAAUGAAAGCCUCCCCAACAGAGACAGAGAGCAACGUCAGCGACGAGCAGCCACAAGGCUGGACGACGACGGCGGGCGUUUUUUGUGCUGCUUGAAUGCGAUUACUGUCGAUUCAGUCUAUUUUUGGACAUAAAACUAUCAGCAAGCUGUACAUUAAGCUGGCUUUACUGAACCGAACCAACGGUAGCAUACGGGCACCACCAGUAGCAGGACAGCGGGGGGACGAACGUUAGCUUCGGGGGCUGCGUCGAAGCAUUACAUGCUAGGGCGGAUUUCGGAGGCUCUAAACUACACAAACUGCUCAAAUUUAUCGGAAAAUAUGGCUUUGAUUUGACAACCCUGAUUCCAGUGGCGAUAAAUGUGCAAAUUAAGUGCUUUUAAGCUACUUAAAACGCCAUUUUUGGUCGUUUUCAUAGCGCAUUUCAGUUGUGUCGUCUUUUUAAAUAAAUGAAGCUAACGGUUGAAUUUCAAAAAUGAAGCUUAACGGUUGAAUUUCAAAAAUGAAGCUUAACGGUUGAAUUUCAAAAAUGAAGCUUAACUGUUGAAAUUCAAAAAUGAAGCUAACGGCUGGAUUUUUCAGUUAGUUAACGUUACUCGACUACGUAUGUUGGGAUUAAGUUUUAAACUUGUUUUGCUAUUGGAUUUAUUAAGAGAAAAUAGUGGGGUGUUAUAUAUUUAUUUUGACAUACAAACCGCCCACAUUUUGGUGAAAUAAAAUGUCAAUGUGUUAAUCGUUUUGUUUCCGUUUUUUGUGUUUUGGAAAGGUCGACCAUUGCUUCUUCCUCUCACAUAUUUUAUAGCCUUGUGUCCACUUUGUGAAGGACAAAAGAGCCUCACUACCUGAUAAAAUGUCGUCCAGUUUGGUGUGGAUACUAAAUAAAUGACUCUGUGAUAUAUUAACCGUUUUAGCAGCUUUCUUGUCAUUUAAAAGUCACAUUACAGUCAGCUUUAAAGAGUACUGCCCUGUCGUUUCUUUGUUCUCCCUGAAUCAAAGAUGGCGGCUGAACGUGGCUGUGUUGUAAAGACAGCCUAUGGCAUGCCUGGGAAACAAAGGGUGUUAAAUGACUGAAUCCAUGCUUCCGGCUGGAAAUCUGUGUCAUGGAUGAUGAGGAUGAUCGCCAUCUUCUGGAUAUUUUAGGAGAUGUGGAUGCAUUGAAUGACUAUCUCCAUGGCAGCACCAGCAAGUCUAUUGAGGAGGAUGAUGUAACGAAUGCAGCUUAUGGGUCGGACGGAUCCUUCUUUUCUAGUGAGACGGCCGGCUCCAACUCUGGCCUCAAGGAUGGCUCGUCUACAAUGGGUGAAUUCGGCGACGAUUCAACAGGGGCAGGCCUCCAGCUCUCCAGCAGCCUCUCUUUCAUCGAGGAUGAAUUGGGGUCUGGGAACUCCCCCGGAGGGGUGGAUCUCGGGGGGGAGGACCAGCCCUUUGACAUCCUCCAGAAGUCUCUCAUGGAGGCCGACAUCACGGAGCAGACGUUGGCCCAGGAGGCCUUGUUGGACUCCCAGCCCGCUCCCACUCUGGUGCAGGCUCCCGUCCCCUUCCCCUCCCAGCUGGUCUCUGGGGGUUACGGAGGGGGCGUGGGCAUGGUAACCACGGCGACAGCUGCGUUCCCCACGGGACAGUUCCUGCAAGGGGUGUCCCAGCUGCCCAACGGCUCCGCCCAGCACAUCCAGGUGUUGGGCUCGUUCGGGGCGGGCGGCGGCGUGAUGACGCUGAGCAGCUUGGAGAGAACUCCUCAGCUCGUGCUGAGGCCGGGGGCGCCUGUAGCAGCGGCGGGGGCCGCGGCGGGGGGGCAGGUGUUUGCCCCGACCCAAGGGCAGGUCGGCUUACCGUUCAAAAACAUCCCCCUUCAAAACAUCAUCAUCCAGAGAGGCCCGGGAGGGACCCAGACUCUUGUCAGACCGAUCCAGCCUAAACCCCUCCAAGCUGGGGCUCAGACUGUGUACAGCCUCGGUCUCCAGUCCACUCCCACCACCAUAGCUAACGUCGCAAACACUGCGUCUCCCGGGGGUCAGUACACGGCCAACGGCUCCAUCGUAGUGCAGCCGCCCCUGGAACAGCAACAGACAAACAUGCCACCCGGUCAGUACCUGCUGCCCAGCUCGUUGGCGCUCACUCCGGCGAACGCCAUCCACAACGGCCCCGCCGACCCCAACUCGAACACCCUGAUUACCAGUCAGAACGCGGUGCAGAUUGUUGCGGGGCAGAACUUCACCGCAUCACCAGGAGGCCAGCUAAUUUUGAAUCAGGGAGUAGUCAGCAGGAGUCAGGGUGCAACUCAAACAUGGACUUGUGCGAACCCCACAUCUGUGCAGACGUCGUGCGCUCCCGGGCGGCUGACUCUGGUCGGCCCGGCGACGGCGGGGAUCGGCGGUCAAGGCCAACUGUCGGCCAGCCCUGUUCAGCGCCUUCUAGUGACUCAAACUCAGAAUUGCACUUCUCUGUCCCCUUUAGCUGGUACUGUGACGCAGGAACAAGACUACAGACAGAAUUGUUCAUCACCUGCCCUCAAACAGGUGCAGCUCAGCAGCAUCCAUGGCCUGACAACCAUGACUCAAGAUUCAAAGCUGAACUCUCAGGUCAGUGCUCAGAAGAGACCGGCCCUCCCGCCACUUACAAGAGGAGAAAUGCUUUUACAACAGCUGAGGAAGGAUCACGGUGGAGUUCAUAUCACAGAUCAGCGUCGAUUCACUUCAAUCGACGACACGCUGCAAAGACUCCUCCCGUACCACGUGUUCCAGGGCGCUCCGCCCAGCCAGGAGGAGUUCUCACACGUGGAUGACGAAUUUGAGGUAGUUGCAACUCAAGUGCUCAUGAGGACCCAUUCCAUGGUAAACAAAUACAGACGGCUACUACUGGUGGAAGCUGAGCGCUCCAGUCCGUCGUCAGAGAUGGUGAUGAUUGACAGGACCUUCAACCAAGAGGAGCGCAGCAACCUCACACAAGACAAACGCAUGACACUAGUGGAUCCAGACACCUUCUUUGAAGACUUCUGCUGCGGGAUGAAAUCCAAACUUUUCCAAGAUGCUUUCCCGUCUCAGUCGUCGUCCAGCGGCAGCUUGAAUCAGUCAGACACGGGCUCCACGGAGCCGCCGUACAGGACAGACUCCCAGCCCGGGUAUGGAGACCCGGGCGGGGGUGGAGCUGCAGGACCAGGUGCAGCAGAUAAACUCCAACCUCCACUCUUAGAAAACAAGAGUGUCCUGGAACUGAAGCGAUCCCAGCAACACUACGGGCCCAGCGGCGCCAGCAACAACAGCCUCAUCGCUGCCAACAGUUGCCCACAAGGUAACGCCUCACCUUUUGCAGCAACGUCAAGAGGACAGACGCAGUACCAGGUGUCUCCACACCCGGUCCAGCCCCAGUACCCCCCUCAGCUCACCUCACCCCCUCACGCCGACACAGACUCUGCUCUAGAGGCGGCAGUCAACAGCAUCCUGGAAUGUUAAGACUGAUAUCAUCCCUAAUGUUUUGGUUUCGCCCUUUUGUUUUUUGUUAAACUCCCCCGUUGUAAUGUGUGAAGAGAGGUUAACUCUUCUUUCAGGUCUUUGUGAUACCAUCUCCGGCCAUGUAGCAUGUAUUUAGUUUGUUAUGGUUUGUUUUUAUGGAGGGGUUAUGAGGCAUGACGUAGGAGUUCGAGGUGCCAGGUGAAUGCAGGCACUUAGAAUUACCUAUAAAGACCCGGGAAUGUGUGCAAUGCAAUAGAGUGCUACAGGAAUGAGUCCUGAAACCUGGAAAUGAUUCAGCAUUUUAACACUUGUGGUUCCCUCGGUUGCAAGUCAAUGGGAUUUUUGACUAGUUAGAUGCCUGUAAUAAGGUCUGUGGUUAACACAAGCUGAUUUUAACGUUAAUAUACCAAU